AUGAGCUGCUCUUCACUGGGUGUGAAUGCCUUCCGGCCCAGUGUCCAGUUAGCCACUCACCAUCUUUCCAGACUCUCCCGUCCAGUGUCCACGCCGAUCGUCUUUCCGGUCCGGUUUCUCUCGUCGACCCCUCCGCCAUGUCAUAGCCGACAGUUCCAGCAUAGACGACGAUCCAGUCGGAACAUCACCAGUCACACCCUCCUCCGAAAGCCAUUGCCGUGGCCGACAGCCGCGCAACGAUUCGGGGUUCGAACGGUCUUUGGGGGGAGGAUAGUAUACAAGCACUACAUCGAGCUGCCGCCCAAUUAUACCGAUGAGGAUGGGUUGGAUUUUACAAGCAAGGAUCUCAGGCCUGAAGAAGUCCACGCGAUCUUUGGGGACGAUAUUGAUGCAUACAAUGCAAAUAAACUGCUAAAGAUUAUUCACGGCCGCCGCGUCGCUGGCAGUCUCGAAGACCCUACGGUUGCGGGCCGCUCCUACGGCUAUACUGUGGAGCAACGGCAAAAGGCUCUUGCCUAUCUUCGGGAUCACUACCCAGUUGAUGAGAUUGCCAAUGCUGGUCUGCGCGCUGAAGACGAGCUGGCGGCUCUGGAGGCGUUGGAGGAAGACGCCACGCCCGAAACCACGGAGGAACUGGAUGCCAAGAAGGUGCCGCGAGAACCGACCGGGAAGACCAAUAAGCUGUACAAGGGCGCGAUACAAAAGAACAAGAGUGUCUAUGGUGACAGUGUGGUGGAACAGCUCCGCAUCGAAAACGAGGCGAAGUGGGCGGCCGAGAAGAAGCGUCUGGAGGAGGAAGAAGCAAAGAAGGCAGAGGAAAGGAACGGAGUUGCUGGUCCCCUCACGCCGCUCACCCAUCCGGAAAAGUUUGGGAAACUCAGCCCUACGGUACAGAAAUGGAUCACGUCUGCUACGUCUGACUUGAAGGAACCACCGAAGCUGUCGGCUUGGCAGCGUCUUUGGCCUUCGGCAACGUUUGUGCUUGUGUUGCUUGGUGGCCUGGGGGUUUACGUUUAUACCUACAAGCCGGCGAAGCGCAACGAACGCUGGUUUCCUGAGAUUCCCCCAGCAGCUGCGACGGUUGGUGCGCUCAUUCUUUUGAACACGUUGGUCCAUGCGGCCUGGAAAUUUCCCGCGCUGUGGGCGCCGUUCAACAAGUACUUGUUGAUCACGCCGGCGGUUCCCAAACCGUUUGCUCUCCUUGGCGCCAUGUUUUCUCACCAGGCGUUUGGUCACUUGGCGGUCAACAUGGGCUUUCUAUGGGUUGUUGGCACCUUGCUCCACGAUGACAUUGGACGGGCCAAGUUCCUUGGGCUUUACCUUGGGAGCGGUCUCGUGGCGGCGAUGACUUCGAUGACGGAGUUUGUGCUCCGCCAGAGGUGGAAUAUCAGCACGUUGGGAGCGUCGGGUGCGGUUUAUGGUGCUAUUGGAGCGUACUGCUGGAUGCACCGGCUUGACGGCCACCGGAUUUUUGGGUUCCCUCCCCCGCCGAGUGAAGGGUUGAAGGGGAUUGUCUUUUUGGCCUUUGUUGUCGCGACGAACAUCUCAUUCUUGUUUUCGAGGGCUGCACGGAGCAGGAUAGAUGUUACGUCUCAUUUUGCGGGGCUGGCGGCUGGCGUAGCUGCGGGAGAAUGGAUCUUGCGCAGGAAGGAGGCAGAGAAGAAGGCGAGGAUGGAGCCGAUGGCGGUUAGGGUGAGUAAGGUGUAA